AGAUAAACAAGGCGGCGGCGGCGGCGGCGGCUGAGGAACAGGGAAGGCGGAGGCGGCGGCCGGCCCGCAGCGCCAGCCCGAGAGUCAGCGGCGGCCCUGAGAGGCGGGGAGGGCGCCGGGCCGCGCGGACAGCGCCCCCCGCCGCCGCCGGAGCCGCGGGAGCCGCCGCCGCCGCCGCCGCCCGAGCAGGAAGGAGCCGCGCGGCCGCCGCGGACCCCCCCGCCGGCCCGGGCCCGCCGCCCCCGGCGCGGCGUCGCCGCGGCGCCUCCCGCCCGCCCGCCGGCCCUCGCGCCCUUCCCCGGCGGCGGCGGCGGCCCGGCCGCCCCGCGCUCCCCGGCGAGGCGCCGCCACCCGGCCCGGCCUCGCCUCGGACGCCUCGCUCCGACAUGCCCCGCUCUGGCGGCCGGGCUCGCGGAGGAUCAUGACUGCGGCAGCGAACUGGGUGGCGAACGGGGCGAGCCUGGAGGAUUGUCACUCCAACCUCUUCUCGCUGGCUGAACUCACGGGAAUCAAAUGGCGUAGGUACAAUUUUGGAGGGCAUGGGGACUGUGGACCCAUAAUUUCAGCCCCAGCCCAAGAUGAUCCAAUCCUGUUAAGUUUCAUCCGCUGUCUGCAAGCCAACUUGCUAUGUGUAUGGCGUCGUGAUGUCAAACCAGAUUGCAAAGAAUUAUGGAUAUUCUGGUGGGGAGAUGAACCCAACUUAGUGGGCGUAAUACAUCAUGAACUGCAAGUUGUGGAAGAAGGACUCUGGGAAAAUGGCCUUUCCUAUGAAUGUCGGACGCUACUCUUCAAAGCAAUCCACAAUCUGUUAGAAAGGUGCCUAAUGGAUAAGAACUUCGUUAGGAUUGGGAAAUGGUUUGUUCGACCGUAUGAAAAGGAUGAAAAGCCAGUGAACAAAAGUGAACAUUUGUCCUGUGCUUUCACAUUCUUUCUUCAUGGGGAAAGUAAUGUAUGCACAAGUGUGGAGAUUGCCCAACACCAGCCAAUUUAUUUGAUCAAUGAGGAGCAUAUACACAUGGCUCAGUCUUCACCUGCACCAUUUCAAGUACUGGUAAGUCCUUAUGGAUUAAAUGGCACGCUAACAGGCCAAGCAUACAAGAUGUCCGACCCAGCCACCCGUAAGUUGAUCGAGGAAUGGCAGUAUUUCUACCCAAUGGUGCUGAAAAAGAAAGAAGAAUUGAAAGAAGAAGAGUUGGGAUAUGACAAUGAUUUCCCCGUGGCAGUCGAAGUAAUUGUUGGUGGUGUCCGGAUGGUUUAUCCUUCAGCUUUUGUUCUGAUCUCUCAGAAUGACAUCCCGGUUCCUCAGAGCAUUGCAAGUGCUGGAGGCCAUAUUUCAGUUGGGCAGCAGGGACUUGGUAGUGUGAAGGACCCAAGUAACUGUGGGAUGCCUCUUACCCCGCCCACCUCUCCAGAACAGGCUGCCACAGGUGAGAGUGGAGGUGCUCAGAGUGCUGUCAGUCACUUAGGUUCCCAAGAUGGGGGGAUGAUAACUAUGCACAGUCCAAAGAGAUCGGGGAAGAUUCCUCUAAAACUCCACAAUCAUAUGGUCCAUCGAGUCUGGAAGGAAUGCAUCCUCAACAGAACGCAGUCCAAGAGGAGCCAAGUGUCAACUCCAACUCUUGAAGAAGAGCCUGCUAACAAUCCUGCUACUUGGGAUUUUGUGGAUCCAACCCAAAGAGUCAGCUGUUCUUGCUCUAGGCAUAAACUUUUAAAACGUUGUGCCGUAGGAACCAACCGACCUCCCACAAUAUCUCAACCAGGGUUCAAUGCAGGACCAUCAUCAUCUUCAUCUUUACCACCUCCUGCUUCUUCUAAGCACAAAACAACAGAAAGACAGGAAAAGGGAGACAAGUUGCAAAAAAGACCCUUGAUACCAUUUCACCAUAGGCCCUCUGUGGCCGAAGAGUUAUGCAUGGAACAGGAUACACCAGGGCAGAAGCUAGGGUUGGCAGGGAUAGACUCCUCCUUAGAUGUGUCCAGCAGUAGGAAGUAUGAUAAGCAAAUGGCCGUGCCUUCCAGAAACACAAGCAAGCAAAUGAAUCUGAAUCCUAUGGAUUCACCUCAUUCCCCUAUUUCCCCUCUGCCGCCAACACUCAGCCCUCAGCCACGAGGUCAGGAAACGGAGACUCUGGACCCACCAUCUGUCCCUGUGAAUCCAGCCCUCUAUGGAAAUGGGCUGGAACUCCAGCAGUUGUCUACUCUGGAUGACAGAACUGUCCUCGUAGGCCAAAGACUGCCUCUGAUGGCAGAGGUCAGCGAGACAGCCUUAUAUUGUGGGAUUAGGCACUCGAACCCGGAGUCAUCAGAUAAGUGGUGGCAUAGUUUUUGUCUCCCACCCAUUGAUGAUGUUGAGUUCCGGCCUCCAGAGCUUCAGGGUGAGAGGUGUGAUGCCAAAAUGGAGGUAAACUCAGAGAGCACUGCAUUGCAAAGACUCUUAGCACAACCUAAUAAACGGUUUAAAAUCUGGCACGACAAGCAGCCCCAGAUGCAGCCACUCCACUUCCUUGACCCAUUGCCUCUAUCACAACAACCUGGAGACAGUUUGGGAGAAGUCAAUGACCCAUAUACCUUUGAGGACGGUGACAUAAAAUACAUCUUUACAGCAAACAAGAAAUGCAAACAAGGGACGGAAAAAGAUUCCCUGAAAAAGAAUAAGUCAGAGGAUGGAUUUGGUACCAAGGAUGUCACUACACCAGGUCAUUCCACGCCGGUGCCUGAUGGGAAAAAUGCCAUGUCUAUUUUCAGUUCUGCUACUAAAACAGAUGUCCGGCAAGAUAAUGCUGCUGGCAGAGCUGGCUCCAGUAGCCUUACGCAGGUGACAGAUUUGGCACCUUCCCUGCAUGACUUAGACAACAUCUUUGAUAAUUCUGAUGAUGACGAACUUGGGGCUGUAUCACCUGCACUUCGUUCAUCAAAAAUGCCAACGGUUGGGACUGAAGACCGACCUCUUGGAAAGGAUGGAAGAGCUGCUGUUCAUUACGCACCAACAGUUGCAGACCUGCAAAGGAUGUUCCCCACCCCUCCUUCUUUGGAACAGCACCCUGCAUUUUCUCCUGUGAUGAGUUAUAAAGACGGGAUCAGUUCAGAGACAGUGACAGCACUAGGCAUGAUGGAGAGUCCUAUGGUCAGUAUGGUUUCAACACAACUCACUGAAUUCAAAAUGGAAGUGGAAGAUGGCUUAGGAAGCCCCAAGCCAGAGGAAAUAAAGGACUUCUCAUAUGUGCACAAAGUUCCAACUUUUCAACCUUUUGUGGGAUCCUCCAUGUUUGCUCCACUGAAGAUGUUGCCGAGCCAAUGCCUGCUACCUCUGAAGAUACCUGAUGCCUGUCUGUUUCGGCCUUCGUGGGCAAUCCCUCCUAAAAUUGAACAACUGCCCAUGCCACCUGCAGCCACUUUUGUUAGAGAUGGCUACAACAAUGUGCCUAGCGUCGGGAGCCUAGCAGACCCAGACUAUCUGAACACACCACAGAUGAACACACCAGUGACGCUGAACAGUGCUGCCCCAGCCAGCAACAGUGGAGCAGGAGUUCUGCCAUCGCCAGCAACCCCUCGCUUCUCUGUCCCCACGCCACGAACCCCCAGGACCCCAAGAACUCCCAGAGGUGGGGGUACUGCCAGUGGUCAAGGGUCUGUUAAAUAUGACAGCACCGAUCAGGGGUCACCAGCCUCUACCCCCUCUACCACGCGGCCCCUUAACUCUGUGGAGCCUGCCACCAUGCAACCAAUUCCAGAAGCCCACAGUCUCUAUGUCACCCUGAUUCUCUCUGAUUCUGUGAUGAAUAUCUUUAAAGACAGAAACUUUGACAGCUGUUGCAUCUGUGCCUGCAACAUGAACAUCAAAGGGGCAGAUGUCGGGCUUUACAUCCCCGAUUCUUCCAACGAGGACCAGUACCGCUGUACCUGUGGGUUCAGUGCGAUUAUGAAUCGCAAACUUGGUUACAAUUCGGGACUCUUCCUGGAAGAUGAGUUGGAUAUUUUUGGGAAGAAUUCUGAUAUCGGUCAGGCUGCAGAGAGGCGCUUAAUGAUGUGUCAGACCACCUUCCUUCCUCAGAUGGAGGCAGCCAGAAAACCCCAGGAGCCACCUAUAAGCCUUCUCCUCCUCCUGCAGAAUCAACACACACAACCUUUUGCUUCACUGAGUUUCCUGGACUACAUUUCCUCUCACAGUCGCCAAACGCUUCCCUGUAUAAGCUGGAGUUACGACCGGGUGCAAGCAGAUAAUAACGAUUACUGGACGGAAUGCUUUAAUGCCUUGGAGCAGGGGCGGCAGUAUGUGGAUAAUCCCACAGGUGGAAAAGUGGAUGAAGCGCUGGUGAGAAGUGCCACUGUGCACUCUUGGCCUCAUAGCAACGUGCUGGACAUCAGCAUGCUCUCCUCCCAGGAUGUGGUCCGUAUGCUGUUGUCCCUGCAGCCCUUUCUCCAAGACGCCAUCCAGAAGAAGCGCACGGGCAGGACCUGGGAGAACAUCCAGCAUGUGCAGGGACCGCUCACCUGGCAGCAGUUCCACAAGAUGGCAGGCCGGGGCACCUACGGUUCAGAAGAGUCUCCUGAGCCGUUGCCCAUCCCCACCCUGCUGGUAGGCUAUGACAAAGACUUCCUCACCAUCUCGCCAUUCUCCUUGCCGUUUUGGGAGAGGCUGUUGUUGGACCCAUAUGGGGGCCACCGUGAUGUUGCCUAUAUUGUGGUGUGUCCAGAAAAUGAGGCCUUGCUCGAAGGAGCCAAAACUUUCUUCAGGGACUUGAGCGCUGUAUAUGAGAUGUGUAGGCUUGGGCAGCACAAGCCCAUCUGCAAAGUGCUACGUGAUGGGAUCAUGCGUGUGGGGAAGACCGUGGCACAGAAGCUGACGGACGAGCUUGUGAGUGAGUGGUUUAACCAGCCGUGGAGCAGCGAGGAGAAUGACAAUCAUUCCAGACUCAAACUUUAUGCGCAAGUUUGCCGCCAUCACCUAGCACCUUAUUUAGCCACUCUGCAGCUUGAUAGCAGCCUGUUGACGCCACCUAAGUACCAGACCCCACCAGCAGCAGCACAGGGACUAGCUACUCCUGGGAACACUGGGCCUUUAGCUUCAAAUGCAGGAUCUGCAGCUCCCUCCGCUGGCGGUGCAUUUAAUCCCACCUCCAAUGGCAGUUCUGCGAACCCUGCAGCAAGUAGUUCUGCGUCUGGUUCCACCGUGCCACCGGUCUCAUCGUCUGCCUCUGCUCCCGUCGUUAACCAGCUAGGCACUACCUCUUCGUCAGGAUUCAGUGGUAGUGUUGGAGGGCAGAACCCCAGCUCUGGGACCAGUUCUGCUGAUAGAACGCAAGGGAACAUAGGCUGUGGUGGAGACCCUGAGCCUGGGCAGAGCUCCUCUCAGCCCUCACAGGAUGGACAAGAAAGUGUUACAGAGAGGGAGAGAAUAGGAAUUCCCACGGAGCCUGACUCCGCAGACAGCCAAGCCUAUCCUCCAGCUGUGGUCAUUUACAUGGUGGACCCCUUCACCUACACUGCAGAGGAAGACUCUACCUCUGGGAACUUUUGGCUGUUGAGUUUGAUGCGCUGCUACACAGAGAUGCUGGAUAAUUUACCUGAGCAUAUGAGAAAUUCUUUCAUUCUCCAGAUUGUGCCUUGCCAGUCCAUGCUGCAGACAAUGAAGGAUGAACAAGUUUUCUACAUUCAAUACUUGAAGUCCAUGGCAUUUUCAGUGUACUGCCAGUGCAGGCGACCUCUGCCUACACAGAUCCACAUUAAGUCCCUCACAGGGUUCGGGCCUGCCGCCAGCAUUGAGAUGACUCUCAAGAACCCGGAGCGGCCCAGCCCCAUCCAGCUUUACUCCCCUCCUUUUAUAUUGGCCCCAAUCAAAGACAAGCAGACAGAAGCCCCAAACAAAGACAAGCAGACAGAGCUGGGAGAGAUACUUGGUGAAGCGAGCCAGAAAUACAAUGUGCUCUUUGUGGGCUAUUGUUUGUCUCACGACCAGCGCUGGCUUUUGGCUUCCUGCACUGACCUCCAUGGGGAGUUACUAGAAACCUGCAUUGUAAAUAUUGCUUUACCAAACAGAUCACGGAAGAGUAAAGUAUCUGCACGUAAAAUUGGACUGCAGAAGUUAUGGGAAUGGUGCAUAGGUAUUGUCCAAAUGACAUCUCUACCCUGGAGAGUUGUUAUUGGGCGACUCGGGCGUCUUGGCCAUGGGGAGCUUAAAGAUUGGAGUAUCCUCCUUGGAGAAUGUUCACUGCAGACAAUCAGUAAACGGCUCAAGGACAUGUGCCGGAUGUGUGGAAUCUCUGCCACAGACUCUCCUUCUAUCCUUAGUGCCUGCCUGGUUGCCAUGGAGCCCCAGGGGUCCUUUGUAGUGAUGCCAGAUGCUGUCACAAUGGGCUCUGUUUUUGGCCGAAGUACUGCAUUAAAUAUGCAGUCAUCUCAGCUUAACACCCCUCAAGAUGCUUCUUGUACACACAUCUUGGUAUUCCCAACAUCUUCAACCAUCCAAGUGGCUCCAGCCAACUAUCCCAAUGAAGAUGGGUUUAGCCCCAACAAUGAUGACAUGUUUGUUGACCUUCCAUUCCCAGAUGAUAUGGACAAUGACAUUGGCAUAUUAAUGACUGGGAACCUCCAUUCCUCCCCCAACUCCUCCCCGGUCCCUUCCCCCGGCUCUCCUUCUGGAAUCGGUGUGGGGUCUCACUUCCAGCACAGCCGGAGCCAGGGCGAGCGCCUUCUUUCUCGAGAGGCUCCGGAGGAGCUGAAGCAGCAGCCGCUGGCCCUGGGGUAUUUCGUAUCAACUGCCAAAGCUGAGAAUCUCCCCCAGUGGUUUUGGUCAUCGUGUCCCCAGGCUCAGAACCAGUGUCCCCUCUUCCUAAAGGCGUCACUGCAUCACCACAUCUCUGUAGCACAGACGGACGAACUUCUCCCCACCCGCAACUCUCAGUGGGUUCCACAUCCUCUCGACUCCAAAACCACAUCUGAUGUUCUGAGGUUUGUUUUGGAGCAGUACAACGCUCUGUCCUGGCUCACGUGCAAUCCGGCCACCCAGGACCGCACCUCCUGCCUUCCCGUCCACUUUGUGGUGCUCACUCAGUUGUACAAUGCCAUCAUGAAUAUACUCUAAUGGAAUAGCACUUGUCCUCUGGCUCGGUUCCUUCUCCUGCAGCCUCAGUCACGGAGCCUGCUGCGCUCUGCAGGUGCCCGCCCACCUCCCGAGACCCCUGCACAGGCCUGCACUGUGACUCCUCCGCAGGCGUGUUGUCCUGCAGCGCUCCUCACAGAGUGACUCACGGACACUCCCUCCACAGCAGCGACUCCAGCCAGGCUGUGGUGUGGGCACCCGGACCCUGGCUCAUGGGAAGCUCCGGCUGGUGUUGGUUUUUAGGAGGAAACAGAAGAGACGGUAUCCUUUUGCACACAAGAGCCUGUGUUUUCAGUCUCAGUCUAAAACUAAGGGUACAGUAGCUGAAACCCAACUCAGACCCACCAUAGGAUUCUUUGACUACAUACCUCUGUCCUAAGAACCAGAAAAGGAGUGAAAACAAAUUGGGGAGAUAUGCAUAAAAAGGAAUAUAUUUCUAACCACCCAGCAGCAGGUUUUGCUAAGAACAAAUUGGGUAAGCAUUCUGCCUAUUCCUUGUUAAAGUGGCCAGCGUGUCAGCGUUUCAUGAAGGAUACCAUUUUAUACAGAAGGCAGUCAAGCCCAACCUAGAGCCAUGGAGGCACGCCCCUUCCUUAGUUUUAUAGUCGCCGGGGGGAUAUAUUUUCUAGUGAAUUCUUACUGAAAGCCAGGUCUCUCCUCUCAUUAGGUCAAAGGGGACUCAUGUACAUACUACAAUUGAAAGUGUUUGCUCAUAAAAUCAGUUACAAAUAUGGUGAAUUUUUUCUGGACCAUAGUAAUAUUAUUUCAAAGAAAUAUUACAACUUAACCAUUAAAUUAGUACUUGAAGUUGAGCCUUCGUGGUGGGACUUUUUUUAAAAAAUGCCUUUUUAAAGCAUUAGUGGCUAAUUGAAGUAUUUUAUGACUCCUCAUUCCAGGCCCGAGAGGGUUGUCUUUAAGAUUCCGUUUCAGCCCUCGCUGGCGUGUGUUGUCAGAGGGCGGUGUGGGGGCUGGCCCGAGAGCCGCUCUCGCCAGGCCUGGGGCGCUAGUCGUCUGUGCAGAGAACCGUGCAAACUACGAACGUUCUUCCAAGAGACUGCCAUGUCCUGGUUGUUAACAGAAAGGAAAAUGUAAUAACAAUAGGAUUUUGUAAAAGUAUUUUUCUUGAAAUAAUCUAACGUUUAAAACAUUAUAUUAAAAAAAAGUGGUGUGGUGGGAAUGUGAAAGCAGAGAAAUAACUUGUAAAUGGAUAAUUUUGUUCUCUGUUCCACCAAUUGAGGGGGGUUGACUUUCGCAAUGUAUAGGUUUAAAAAAAUCUGAUAUAUCAAAACCAUUUGUAUCUAAUGUGUACAGUGUAAAAUUGACUUUAAAAAUAUUGCAGUGCUAUUUUUUCUUAAUCAGAAAGGAAAAAUUCUCAAGGCCUUUUGAAGAGCAUAAGAUGAUGAAGAUUGUAAACUUGUAUAAAAUUAUCUUGGUGAGAAGACAAAUUGUAAAGUAGAUAUUUGUAAUCUUUUACCACUUUGGGGUUGCUUUUUUUUCCAGAAUUCAUCAGAACUUUGAAUUUUUUUUUUUAAUGGGCUGUUUUUAAUGCAGGGGCUUUUCUUCCCUAGAAACCCAAUUCUAAGCAAAAAAAGAAAAAGAAAAAAAAAACAAAAAACAAACAAACAAAAAAACCCUACAAAAAUUUAAAAAAAAAAGGCAGCAAAGGGUAGAUUUCAUCUGGUGUCUUUUAUUUAAGUUUUUUAAGUUAAGAAAAGCUGGUGACAUAUUUAUACGUUUUUGUGCAAAAAUAAAUGAAUGGCAAUAGAUUUUAAAAAAUCUUAUUAUGUACUUCUGUGUGAAAGUCUGUAUAAUAUUUCCCUUAAAUAUGCAUUAUUUUACUUGUGAGUUUUUUACUGAAUUAAUCUGAAAUGUACAAGCCCUGGAUUUGCUACAGAGUGAGAAGUUAUUUUAUUUUUUUUUAAUUUUUAAUUUUGGCAAUCCUGCAGAAAUCAGAACUCUUACUAUGGUUUGAGCUAAAAAGGGGAAUCGGGCGGGAGGGGGGUAUCCAGCAUGCCUGUAUGUAUAUCUCAGAGCCUUUUUUAAAUGUAAAAGCUGUACAUUUCUGGGAAGUUCUGAAUUUUUUUUUUGUUUUUUUCUUUUUUCCUUCAAGCAUUUUGCAGUGAGCUUCUUUUAUAUAUAGCAAACAAUUUGAAAGAAUACAAAAAUAUGUGAAGUUCAUUGAAAAAAACCCUGCAGUAUAACGCUGGUACAGUACACUAAAAGACUUUGAUAAAAGAAACAAUACUAAAAGGCCUCCAUUUUAAAUGUCAUUCAUAUAUACCUUGUGAAUGAGAGCUAUAUACUUUUACACACUUUUUUAGAGGAAUAAAUUAUUGAAUUACUGAGA